AUGUCUAAUUUUGUAGAGGAAGCUUCCUUUGAGGUUAGUUAUGCACCAACGCAUAUAAAGAAGUGGAGAUCUUCAAAAACUGGGCUCAGUAUAACCUAUAUAAACCAACCCUCUCCUGUGGUAAAUGGAUAUUUCGCAGUCGCUACUGAAUGUGUGGAUGACUCUGGAUGUCCGCACACUUUAGAGCAUUUGGUGUUCAUGGGGAGUCAUAAGUAUCCAUAUAAGGGCUUGCUUGAUACUGUGGGAAAUAGGUUAUACCUGUCAACUAAUGCUUGGACCGCUGUUGACCAAACUGUGUAUACGUUGACCACCGCUGGAUGGGAUGGUUUUAAACUGUUGUUGCCAAUCUACUUAGAUCACUUAUUGAACCCAACUUUGACCGACGAAGCGUGUCUUACUGAAGUAUAUCACAUUGAUGGUGAAGGUAAGGAAAAAGGUGUAGUAUUCCUGGAAAUGCAAGGUAUCGAGAGUCAAUCCUGGUUCAUCAGUCUCUUAAAUAUGCAAAGGCAAAUGUAUCCAGAAUGGUCGGGUUAUUCUUCAGAAACUGGAGGGCUUAUGAGCGAGUUAAGAAAGUUAACAAAUGAUCAAAUUAAGGACUUCCACAAACAAAUGUAUAGACCUGAUAACUUGUGUGUCAUUAUUACCGGUACCGUAGACGAAACUGAGUUGUUGAAUGUCAUGGGAAAGUUUGACGACGAGCUUCCUUCACUUGAAGAAAAUGUCAACAGAAAAAGACCAUUUGUUGAUAGCCCAUCUAUCCCAACCCUUGAGCAAACUAUUGUCAAAGAAGUAGAAUUCCCUGACGAUGAUGAAUCGAUGGGUGAAAUUUUCAUAGCUUGGAUUGGGGCUAAUUGUGAUGACAUACUUAUCGCUACUGCAAUCGACCAGGUUGGAGCUUAUUUCACAGAUAGUGCCAUCUCUCUUUUCAAUAAGAAGCUUGUUGAAAUUGAAUCGCCGUAUGCCACUGAUAUUGAUUACAGUACAGAUGAGUACAUUAAUAUAGCUUUUACUUUUUCGUUGAACGGAGUACCUACUGAAAAGCUAAAAGAAGUUGACUUGAAAUUAAAAGAAUUGAUUCAAGAGCAAUGCAAGCCCGAAAAUAUUGAUUUGGAGUAUAUGCGCCAACUUAUUAAUCAACAAAAAUUAAAAUUUGUAAGUUAUGUUGAAAAUUCUUCGACAAGACUCUCAAAUAUAGCAAUUUCUGAAUUCAUAUACGGAGAUCCGAAAGAUGCUAGUACAUUGGCUCGCUGGACUCAAAACCUUACGGAAUACGAAGAACUUUUGACUUGGGAUGCAAAACAAUGGAGUGAAUUGAUUUCAAAAUGGUUUGUUGAAAAUAAAUCUGUUAGUAUAUUAGGGAGACCAUCUGUCAAGUUACAAAAGGCAUUGAAGAAGGAAAAAAAGGAAAUCUCCAGAGGUAUAAAGGAGAAAUAUGGUAAGGAAGGCUUGGAAAAAUUAGCUGAAAAUUUGAAGAAAGCUGAAGAGAUUAACGAUAGACCUAUUCCUGAUGACUUAUUACUUCAAUUUGAAACACCUGAUCCAUCUAAAAUUCAAUUCAUUGAAACGACUAGUUACAAAGCUGGUAAAAACCACGAAGUUGAAUAUGACAGCGUUGCUCAGAAUUCUGAAUUUAGUGCUUCAUUGGAAAAAGAUGGGUCAUUGAAAUCUCCAUUAUUCUUUCAUUUUGAGAAUUACAAAUCUCAAUUUACUUCAAUUAACAUAGUUAUGUCUUCAGCUGUUGUUUCGCCUGAGCUUUUGAGGUAUUGCUCAAUCUUUGAAGAAAUUUUCUCGUUACCAAUUCAGGAUGGUGAAAAGGUCAUCCCGUACGAAGAUGUCAUUCAGCAAUUAAACGAGGAUUUGCUCGAUCAUGGCUUCUUCCCUGGUUACCAGGGCCGCUAUGAGUUGUUGAAUAUCAAGAUGAAGUUUGAAGCGUCCAAGUAUUCCAAGGCAAUAGAUUGGUUGAGUAAAAUUAUUAAUCAUUCUAUAUUUGAUUUGAAAAGAGUUAAAAUCAUAGUUGAAAAGAUUAUAAAUUCAAAUCCUGAUAAAAAGAGAAAUGAAGAAUCCAUGAUGAACAGUGCUAGAGAUAGAACUAUCUACACUGAAAAAUCUGUAAAAAAAGCUCAAGACUUCAUAUAUACUGAAACUUUCUACAAGGAAUUGUUAGAAAAGAUUGAAAAUGAUGAAUUCGAAGAAAUUAGUAAGGAUCUAGCAACUUUUAGAAAUCAAUUGUUUAAUGUUGAUAAUAUGAAAGUAUUCCUUGUGGGUAAUUGUGAAGUAUUGCAAAACCCUAUUUCUUCUUGGGAUAAUUUCAUCAAGGAAACAAAUGAAAGGGUCUCCAGCAACGGAGACCUUAGUUCAAGUAUUUCUGCUUUGCCACGUUCUUUUGAAUAUAAGUCCAAAAUAGGUGAAGAAGGUUGCAAAUAUGCUCAUUUAGUCACUACUCCUGCCACAGAAACUUCACAUUUGAUUGCAAGUACUAGCAUCUCCACGAAUUACUUAGACGAAGAUAUUAACAAGAUAGCUUUGGCCUGUGAAGUAUUUUGUGCAGUUGAAGGUCCAUUUUGGAGAGGUAUUAGAGGAACUGGGCUAGCAUAUGGGGUUAGCAUUCGCCGUAGUUUGGAAACUGGGUAUCUAAAUUUUGUGAUUUACAGAGGUUCAGAUGCUGAAAAGACUUGGCUUGUUGCUAGAGAUAUUAUCAAUGAAUUUGCUGAAGGAAAGAAAUUAUUUGAUGAUAUUACUAUUGAAAACUCUAUUGCAUCUAUUGUAAACGAAUGCGCCAAUCAGGAGUCAAAUGCUUAUGAUGCUGCUAAUAACAAAAUCAAUGAUAACAUCAUUAGAAAAAGAGGGCCAAAUUAUUCAUCUAAAUUUUUACACCAAUUGAGACAGAUAACAUCGGAAGAUCUUGUGAAUAUAACAAAGAAAUAUUUCCAGCCAUUAUUCAACAGCAAAACUUCUCUCGUUUUCAGCUGUAUCCCCGAAUCUAAUGUCGAUUCAUUUGAGAAGUUCUUGAUUGAACAAGGUUUUGAUGUAACAGUGGAAAAGGUAAAUGCUGAAGGUAGCAACUCAGAUGCUGAAGAGGAAGAUAGCUGCUGCAGUGGAAGUGAAACUGAGUCAGGAAGUAGUGGUGAAAGUGAUGAUGAUGACGAUAGUGAAGAAGAAGAGACUGGAAGUGAAAAUGAAAGUGAAGAGGAGGAUUAG